AUCAUCUUCGGUAUUUUCUUUUGCAUUUAAAAUACAAUCCAAAUAAAGUUCUUACUGAGCUUAUAUUUUUAAUAUGUGGUUAGAAAAAAUACACGAAUUUCUUUACAUCUCAGAUUACAAAAUUAUCCUUAAAAAUCCCACAGUAGCAGUUUCAAUUAUAACUGCGUAUCUCAGUUUUAUAUUUUUGGUCGGGCCUGCUUUUAUGAAGAAUCGCAAACCUUAUACCCUAAGGAAAACGUUGAUAAUUUAUAAUUUUCUGCAAUCUGCUUUGAAUGCUUAUGUCACAUACGAAGCUCUCUUUGAUCUGUGGGUAAAAUGGGAUCUCCGUUGUAAAAUAAAAGAUAAUCCAAAUUUCGAGGAGAUUCUUCAGGAUGCACUCGUAUAUUUCUGGCAUUAUUAUUUGCUAAAAUACGUUGAUCUUCUGGAUACAGUUUUCUUUGUUCUUCGUAAGAAGAAAAGUCAAAUAACGUUCCUGCACGUAAUUCAUCAUGCCGGAAUGGUCCUCAUAAUAAAUUGGGGGUGGCAGCAUUUUAGAGAAGCUGCAGCUUAUUACAUCGUAAUCUGCUUAAUUAUGAAUACUUCUGUGCAUGUCAUCAUGUAUUUCUACUAUGGACUUGCAGCCUGUGGGCCAAAUGUGAGAAAAUAUUUGUGGUGGAAAAAAUAUUUGACUCUAGUGCAGAUAGUUCAAAUAUUUUGCAUGUUGUUUUACUUAGCAACGGCAUUCUUGACAGGAUGUGAGGAAUUCAGAAUAUAUGAGAAGAUGACAUUUUCAUUUUUUGCUUUGAACUUUUUUCUCUUUAUUAAUUUUUAUCAGAAAAAUAAAAAAGAGUAAAAUUUAUA